UGUCCUCACUGUAGACACAACAUCAUCGAGCAAAAGAAGGGUAACCCCGGCGUUGUGUGCAUGGACCCAGUCUACAGCCGGCAGCAGAGGGUAGUCCUGCCUGUCCACUACCCUGGCAGGGUGCACCGUUCUGGGCAGGUGACUGCCUACCCCACCCGCACCUCGAUGGACCCCCAUGGUAACCCCAUCACAGUGCUCACAGUGGACCAGCACUCAGACCCCCAGGGCCUGUACCCUCCCCAGUCUGCCCACGCCGGGGCCUUCUUCCGGGGCUACCACCCCCACCCAACCCUGCACCUGGACCACUCUCUCAACCCCCAUCACUGUGGGCUGCAGCACCUGGGCCUCAACCCCCCCGCCUACCCCCAGUACCAGCAGCCAGGGCCCCACCACGGCGCCUUCAAGAGGCCUAAGUUCCACGGACGCAGCUUCUCGCGGGCCGCCUGCUACUCGCAGUACGAGACCAUGUACCAACACUACUACCUCCAGGGCCUGACGUUCCCCCAGCAGGGUGAGGGGACCCAGGGGGCAGCAGGCAUAGGAGGGGUGACUGGACGCGCCGGGCCCCACAAGGGCCCCCACAGCAUGGCUUUCCAAGGGGGGCUGCUCUACCCCACGGUGGUCCACAUGGCCCCUGCCACCAGCUCCAGGAUGGCUGAGGCAGGGAGCGGUGCCUCGGGUCUGGGCUGUUACCAUGGCCACCGCUCAGUGUGCAGUGGUUACCUGGCCGACUGRCCGGGCAGCGACAGCAGCAGCAGCUCUGGCCACUGCCACUGUUCCUCCAGUGACUCUAUGCUGGACUGCACCGAGGUUAGCAACCAGGGGGUYUACGGCUCCUGUUCCACUUUCCGCAGCUCCCUGAGCUCUGACUACGACCCCUACGUCUACCGCAGUAAGAGCCCCUGUAGGGGGUCGCAAGGGGAGCCAGGGGCCACGUCUGCAGGGGCCUCCACCGCCUGCCCCUCCACAGCCGAGGACUCCCUAACCCCAGCUCCCUCGGGGGGCCACGAUGGCGACAGCCUGCAACCACAGCCUCCUCCUGUAACCUCAGGGUUCAGUGUGGGGGACCAGCUCUCCAGCUGCAGUCUGGAGCACAGCUACAGCAGCCGCUCGUCACUGGAACAACKCAGGGACACCAGCACUACCUCAGCCAGGCCUCCAGAGGGAGCCACAGUGGACAUGGGGAAGGGAGGGCAGACAGGGGCGGAGACAAGGGUGGAGCAUGGCCUUGGGGGAGCAGGGGCGUGUAGCUGCUGUUUCGAGGUGCUCCCUCCCAACAUGGAGAGCAAAGGUCAGCAGGGAUAUCAGAGGCAGGACUCAGACUGGGUGGGGCCUAUGGCCUCCUCGGGACGUGGCUGUCACAGGGGGGCAGAGCAGAACUUUUACCACCCUGGGGAGCACCUGCUGGCUCCGUCGGAGCAGGUGAGCUAUGAGGGCCUGCCCUAUUGCUUCUACAAGGAGAUGAAGGUUCACCGGGCCACAGGGGGGCGCUAUAAUGAGGACUAUGCCGUGAAUGUGCAGUAUGCGCACCAUGCUGCAGACUCAGAUGCCUGCUGUGGCGGGCUCAGCCAGAGAAUACCCAUAAUCCACCAGGGCACAGACUAUGAGCUGGGCUUGGGGACGGAGACUCUGUAUCAGAGCAGCCUACUGCUAGCCAGCCUUACCUUGGGGCAGGGGGGCGAGGGGCGGACUGGGGGGCGGGUGGAGCCUGGUGAGGGAGGGUACUUCACCUCAGGACAGUUCAGAGGUCAAGCGAACCCCACCCAGGAAGAAGAGACCAGGGCCCUGUUCCACCCCCUGAACUACACUACCCACGAUGCAUCUGGAAACAGUAAAGCUACAGACAAGGGUCUGGGGGUAUGAGGAAGUGUGGAGCCCAGAAACAGGGACUCAAACAAACAGCCUGUUUGGUACCUAACCGGUCGGUCGGUCGGUCGGUCAGUCAAGAAAACCUCAGUUGCCUUGCUUUUUUUAAGCCUCGCUCGCUGAACUCUGAAUGUUAUCAUCCUAGAUGGUGAUGGUGUAGAUUUCUACUGAAAUGAUAUGAUGGCCUGCCUGCCUGGCGUAUCUAGAUAUAAUCAGUUCAUUCCUGUGGCCAUCAGCAGCUCAGCAUAAGCCCAGCUCAACCCACAUCACUCUGACUCGUGGCCAUGCCUCACCAGCGGAGUCUACAGGCUCAGAUAGAUAGAGAAUCAGGCUACAACAUAUGGGUGGAAGUUCACGGUGGUUGGUUGUAACAGUGGAUGGCUUGGCAAGGCCACAAAUCAACACGRAGGCUAGCCCAGCCCUUACAGUUCCAUGGGUUCCAGACAGGGUCAGUCCGGAUCCUGAGACCCAUUUGGAGAGUAACAAACUGUGUUAGCUGGGCCCAGUUUGUGACAUUUUCUUUCUUCUGAUUUGGUAAGUUGUUUUUCACAUCUGGACUKUGGACUGUGCAAGUUGUUUGAGGAUACAUUUAAUUUGUUUUAUAAUCCCACACAUACCUGUGUGUACAUGCAUAUGUACUUUAUGUAUGUGUUUAUUGUACUUUACUGCUCUUAUGACAUAACGUUGCAUAUACAGCUUGGACAACAAGCGUCAACAAACCACCAKACUCAGAUGAAAGGUUAUGGAAGAAUACCAAAACAUCAACUUAUUUUKUUUUUUAGCGGGUUGGGUGGAGGGGCGGGGUCCUUGCUAGUUGGAGGGGAGGCAGUUUGUCACAGUCACACACUCUUUCAUUGAGCUAAGCUAUACUAACUAGACUACAGUUCUCUCUUGGGAUACUCAAUGGGGCGCAAUAUUCUCGAACAAUGCAGAUAGAAUGUUGACUCAGUUCUCUGUUCUYCAUAAUAGAGAGUCUGUUCUAUAUAGAAUACAUGUCUAUCUGCGAUGUUCAGAACAUUGUGCCUUCUCGAACAUGCACCAGACCAAGCCUUAGGCCACUGAGCCAUCCUUACUGUCUUGGGCUGUGUGUCACCUUUUGACUAAAUAAAGGCCCACGUCGUGACAGGGUUUCUCUGAGUUUGUAGAAAGACAUUUGGAAAUCUUCAAAGGAUUGGAUUUAUAUCAGGUUUAGUCACGACUUGUACGUUAGAAGCUCUUGUUUUUGUUUUUGUUGUUUUUUUGCAGUCACUCAUCUAGCCUCCUCCUCAACACUUAAGCUAUAAUAUACGGCUAUAAUAUACGGCUAUAAUAUACGGUUCUAAUAUGGUUCUAUAAAGCUGUUGUGUGUCAAAAAAGGCCAAAGGAAGAAAGAAAAAAUUAUUCACAAGGGAUCCCUUUUACACUGUGGCUGUGGGUUACACAGGGCAGUUACACAAAUGUCAGAUUUUUUUUAUUUUAUUAAAUCAUACAGUACACAUCAUGCUCUCAAACAAUAUCAACGUCGUUCAUACAUGCCUUCUUUGUGUUGGUUUUACAGACUGUUUUUACUGUUUCUAUGAAAUGUACCCAUUGUCUUCAGAGGCAAUCAUUUUGAAAUAGCAAUAUUUAUAUGUAAACCCAGAGCUGUAAUCAAUGAAAGAUAUUGAMAAUCUAAUCUUUCCUUUGCAUAAAGAUAUGUACUACAAAUAUAACAUUUUGGGUUACCCAAGUCACUAUUUAAUUGUUUUGUUUUAUUAUUUGUAGCACUUAAGAAGAUUGUAUUAAAAMAAAAUGUGUACACAAAWUUWWUWUUUUUUUUUUAAAGAAUAUAAUGAUUUUCUCCAUCAUUAUCAUUUUACAAAUGUUUAAAAAAGGCUAGAAAUCAAUCUGUAUAUUUCUGUAUCUGUAUAGCAGCAUAUUUCAUAAAUGGAAAUAUGUUCUCUGAAUAUUUAUUUACUAAUAUAUUUAUCUUCAAGCCAUGUCUUAUGUUGAGUGUAUGAACGUUAUUUGGUUGCUGUUUGGUUGCUGUUUGUGAUAAAUCGCUAAAUACAUGGUAAUUGCACACAAAAUUAUUCAAUAUUCUCUGACCAAAAAUGUAUU